UUUAAAAACACUAUUGUUUUUGCUUAAUUUAUGAUUAAAAUGAUCUGUCACUAUAGCUUAACUAUUAUUUAUGAAAUUCUUCAUCGUAUGUGAUUACAAGCGGUCACGUAAGUGAAUAAUUAACGGAGCUAGAAUAGUCCAAUGUAAAAAAUAAAUAAAGUAUGCCGGUCUUGCCCACAGUCACCUUAUAUUCAAAAUAAGCACGUGACUUGUACUACUCACGAGUCGAUUUAAUUAAUAUUACUUUGUACCACACGUGGAAGUGUAAAAGGAUAUAAUAAAAUAAGAAAAAAAUAUAUAGCGUAAUUAAUAGAAACGGUAAGCAUUGUAACUUUGCCCAUCUUUAUCUUAAUACAGUAAGGCUAAGAUGGUCGGCUCUUUAUCAUUUGUCACCAUACCUGUCCCGUUCUAACAAGUACGUAAGUGCGAAAGUGACGGGCAUAGUGACAAGUGAUAAAAAUGGAACCAUGAUGCCGCCGCUGAUAAAAAGUAUCGUAUUUCUGUAUAAUUCAACUUUGGUGAAAAUUGAACUUUAAAGAAAAAGGUGCGUUGUUCAUGGAAUGGAAUGUAAGUAGUGUAAAUAUGUAUGUUCCAUCUCAAAACUAUUCCGCCAGAGGGCGCCACUUGGUAGUUCGGCAAAGAUCCGUUAGAUGGCGCCACUUGGUAGUUCGGCAAAGAUCCGUUAGAUGGCGCCACUUGGUAGUUCGGCAAAGAUCCGUUAGAUGGCGCCACUUGGUAGUUCGGCAAAGAUCCGCCAGAGGGCGCCACUUGGUAGUUCGGCAAAGAUCCGUUAGAUGGCGCCACUUGGUAGUUGUUCAUUGAUCCCCGUCAGAUGGCGUUACUUUGUACGUGUAAGUUAGUUAUCGAUGAAUUUAAAAAGUUCGGCAAAGAUCCGUUAGAGGGCGCCACUUGGUAGUUGUUCAUUGAUCCCCGUCAGAUGGCGUUACUUUGUACGUGUAAGUAAGUUAGUUAUCGAUGAAUUUAAAAAGUUCGGCAAAGAUCCGUUAGAUGGCGUCACUUGUUCCUUCCGCAAUGAUCCGUCUUUGUAAGUAAGUUAGCUAUGGAUCUGUUUAAAAAAUAUAUAGAGGGCGCCACUUGCCCCCUUCCCGCCGCCUCCCCGCCCUCCCCCGCCCCCUCCCCGCCGCUGCCCCUGGCCCUGCGCCCCUUGGUAGUUGUGCAUAUAUCCUCGCCAGUUGGCGCUACUUUCUAUGUUUAAGGUAUUUAUCUCCCGAGGGAAAACUUCGCUAAAAUAGAUGGCACCACUUUGUACGUGUACGACAAACAAAAAGUGACGAGGUGGCCUCCAGUGGCGAAGGUCGGAUUCGAACCAGCGUCUUUAGCUAACCGGGGCGUCUUUAGCCAGUUAACGUCAUGAACCCCUAGGCCACCCCGUCACGGUGAAACUGGUCCUAAUUUCUCGACUAUAUAUGCAAUCGUAAUGAGACUAGGCGUUAUGUGAAAUUCGCAUGUAUCGAUGCCAAUUUCCUAUAGCUCGUUGAGCAAUAAUGUAAAUGACUACAUUUGACCUCGCUCGACAAAGAUGGUUCAGUUUGCACCGAAAGUUGAGGUAAGUACAUAUAUUUAUAUUUUAAUUAUUACAAAAUAAUGUAGUUUCGUUUCCUGUACGAUAACUUAACAAACAAAUCUUUUCCUCUUUUCAUAUAGUUCAUGAGAACCGUUUCACACGUUUCUUUACCACAUGCGCCCCGCCCGCCCGUCUACACCCCACCCCUCAACUGAAUUUUUCUGCUAUAAAAGAGCAUGUUGAACCAUAUUCCCACUACAGUGUCACAACGAAUAUUGCGUUGAAAUCAUGGAUCCGCAAGCUUCAUCACAUACCAAAUCCGACAACAAUACCAUCACCACUUGGUGCUGCCAGUGCUGGUUGUCCACCACCACAAGCGGCGGCGGCGGCUGUGACGGUGGCUGUAGCAGCUCCACUUCGCCAUCGUCACCCGGACCACAACCGAUGGCAACAGCAAAGGCACUGUUAAAACAAGACGAUGGGGACAAGGGAAAAACAAACUGCCUAGAGAGCGCUUCUGAGAGCGAUACGAGCGAUGAAAUGAAAUCUUUUUAUCAAGGAUGUAAAAGCAAGUGGAUAAAAGCGUUCCAAAACAAUACUCUGAUUAAUAGAUGGCGCCUCCCCAUGCCAUUUCACACAUUUAGAGCGGAAGUAGCGAGAUUGUUAAAACGAUUGUAUAUCGAAGGUCACCAUGACGAUUGUCAUAUUUACCUGUUAAUUGUAAUGUGGGACGAUUUAAACGAUGACGUAGAAGAGAUAGUGGGAGAUGCUCAAAUCAACUAUCAAGACUGGAUUGCGUUAUUAGGUGGCGUUACAGCGGAACUAUUUUCACGCGUGGUGUUCAAUACUAAAUCUUUUAAUUAUUUAAUCAAUGUAAUAUUUUGUGUGCUAGGUCCAAACAUAAUAGCUUCCGGUGAUUAUGAAUGUGAACCUAAAUGUAAGAAUGCUCGUACAUAUUAAGGUGAUGAUGCAUUUAUUCCUUGUCAUUGUUUAAUUUUAAAUUGUUAGCUCGCUGCGAAUGUAAAUGUUUUAAUGUACACGUAUUAAUAAUAAAUUCAUAUUACUGAAUA